UCUAGACAAAACAAGCGCUGCUUGCGGUUGGUAGUGUAUAAAAGCGCCCAUGGAGUUAGAAGACACAACAAGAAGUCGCUCACUUCAGUUAGAACAUCACAAUGCGUGCCUACGUUCUGUUUAUCGCCUUCGGUCUAGUGUGCAGCGUUGCCGCCAUGCCUGAACCAGGCUACGGUAGACGAGUUGGCGGAGUGCGUCCAGCUGGAGAUGUGAGACCAGUUCUUGGUGGUGCAGGAGUUGGUGGAGUUCUUGAUGGAGUUGGUGGAGUAGGAGGAGUUGGAGGAGUUCCUGGUGGUGUAGGCGUAGUAGGUGGAGUUCCUGGUGGUGUAGGAUUAGUAGGUGGAGUUCCUGGUGGUGUAGGAGGAGUUGGAGGAGUUCAUGGUGGUGUAGGAGGAGUUGGAGGAGUUCCUGGUGGUGUAGGUGGGGUAGGAGGAGUUUCUGGUGGUGUAGGAGGAGUUCCUGGUAGUGUAGGAGGAGUAGGGGGAGUACCUGGUGGUUUAGGAGGAGUAGGAGCUGUCCAAGGCGGAGUCAGGCCUGGAGGCUAUGGAAAAUAGAAACCUAAGUUGAUCAACCAUUUUGCUCAUUUUUGGGGCCAGUAUUUUGCAUUUGCUCUUUUUUACUAGCCAUAACCAUGACCUCAUGAAUGUCUUCUAGAUUAUUUGAGAUACAAUAAAAACAAUCAAAUGGUUAAAAGACAAGAUAAAUAAUAAAACUAAGAAGAUCUCAGUGAGUUCAUACUGCCUCCAACACCAGGAACGCCAUUUAUUCUUAUUUGGGUUCAUCUCGAGAUCUACUUAAAUCUAUCUUGGUCUACAUCCAAUCAUUACAUAAUAUUCAAUUGCUAUCCAACAAUAGCUUUCUGUGAUAUCUUGUACAGAUCUACAAGCAAAGAGGUGGUGAAACAAACAGUAAUGUUACUCAUAAGUGCAAUAUUUUUUUUGUAAAUUGUUAAACCCUACUUGGGAUUUGUGAAUAUUGUUACAUGAAUUCAAAUUAAUAAAUAUUUUGUUUCUAUA